GUUGAGAAAAGAUAUCCUGGGGAAGAGCUUGAGCCGUUAGACUCUUGAAAGGGAUUUGGUGGGAACCACUGGUAACAGGUAGAAAGAGCUAUGGAAACACUCUCACCUCAAGUGAGUAUUUCACUGAUCAAAUCAUCCAUCUCUUCCUUGCUGGGGACGAAGAAGCUGCCCAUUGACAGAAAUGAGUGGGAAGGGUACUUUGAUGAGAGUGGCCAUCUUGUGAAAUCUAAGGAUUUUAUUUCAUCCAACAUCCUGGACAGGGGUCUGGACCCAUCUGUGAGACCAGAAACAUGGAAGUUUCUCACUGGCUACUACCCCUGGAGGAGUUCCUGGGAUGAGAGGCUCACGGUGGAUGGUAUGCGGAGAAAAAGCUACGAUGAUUUGUGCAGAAUGUAUGAGAAGAUCCAGCCACUUCUGGAGACGGAGCAUCGGGGCUUCAUGCAGGCCCGCAGUUUCAUCAACUCUGACCUGCAGAGACUGUACACCAGAGAUUUACGGGGCAAUGCCAUGGUGGACAAGAAGCAGCUGGAGAAGAUCCUUCUGCUGAGCUAUGUGUGCAAUGUGAAGGCUGAGUACCAGCAGGGCUUCCACGAGAUGCUCCUGCUUUUCCAACUGCUUGUGGAGAAGGAACAUGAGAUCUACUGGCUGUUUCAGUUCUUCCUCCAAAAAACAGAGCACGGCUGUGUGAUACACAUAGGAGUUGGAAAGAAUAUAUUAAUGCUGAAAGCUGUGAUUGCAUUUAUGGAUCCUCUCUUUGCCAAGUACCUGGAUGGAAGGGGGUCUCAUGUUGUUCAGUCCCUGUUUCCUUGGUUUUGUCUCUACUUCCAACGAGUCUUCAAAUCAUUUGAUGAUGUGUGGAGACUAUGGGAGGUGUUCCUGACUGGGAAGCCCUGUCGAAAUUUCCAAGUGUUCGUGGCCUAUACCAUGCUGCAGAUGGUGAGAGACCACAUCCUCCGGGAAGCUAUGAGCGGAGAUGACAUUUUAAUGGUCUGUAAUAGCCUCAUAGACCUGGAUGCAGAUGAACUGAUCUCUGAAGCUUGCUCCAUGUACGAGCAUCUCAUGAAAUAUGAAGACAAGAUCCCAGGAGAGCUGAAGGAGUUCUUCACCUAGAAAGCCAAACAGGAGCAAGUGGAGGAUGGCAGGGCUAGCAAUAAACA